CUCUCCCGCACCCCCUUCCCUUCUCUCACUCCCCACCUCUCCCUUUCAAACCCCCACCUCGCUCCCUCUGGUGACAAAAGCACAACACCACCUCCGCCGCUCCAACUUUUACUGACCCGACCCUAAACCCACAUGGACAUACCCAACCCGACCCGCCUCCGCCCCAAGAAAUCCACCACACCCUCCGAACGCUUCCUCGGCGCGUAUCCCCACGCGCUGCCCAAUAACCCUACCCCUGCCACCUCCAUCGGCGACGAGCUCAACGAGGACGAUGUCUUCUGGAGCAACGACGUGGCCGCCGAACCCAGUCACCGCUCAAUCCCUUCCUCUUCUACCUCCUCAACCCCGCGCCACCAUAGCCAUCACCACCACCACCACCACCAUCACAAGGGAUUUUCUCAACCAGAGAGCUUCGGCAUCCUCGCCGCUCUCCCGGAACGAGAGCCCUCCUCUUCCAAUCACCGACCCCAAUCCCAUUUCUACCACAAGUCCUCGGUCUCAUCCUCCGCGUCGUCCUCGCCCUCGCAGCUAAUCCCGGCGAUUCCGAAGCCGCCUCACGAUCGGUUUAACCACCCGGCUCUGUCCUCUGUGAAGUACCACCAGUCGGCGCCGGUUAACGUCCCGGUGUUGGCCAAUGCGAUGAGGAAGCACCGCGAAUUUGACGCCGUGGACGACGACCAUGAUGACGACGAAGGUGAAGGCGAGAUGCUGCCGCCGCAUGAGAUUGUGGCCAGGAGCUCGUCCCACACGCCGAUGCUUGCGUGUUCGGUGCUGGAAGGCGUGGGGAGAACAUUGAAGGGCAGAGAUCUCAGGCGGGUUCGCAAUGCGGUGUGGCGGCAAACAGGUUUUCUUGAUUGAGGACGAACUCUUUAUAACUUUUCCUCUCUUUUAUUUGGGAAAAGAAUUUCAGAGUUUGUUUAUUUGUUGUUAUUUUAAUGUUAAAUUAGUAGCCAAUUUUCAAGUGGUUGAUUAAAGUAUUGAAUAAUUUCAGGGAAGUUUAGUAUAUCUUGGAAGAAAUAGAGUGAUUAUUGAGUAAUU